AUGGAUGUUUCGCUCUCUCCUUCGUAUCUGAGGGCGUUCAGGGCUCUGUCGAAACGGUAUCGGAAGCAAGGACAUGCUGAUGCAGCUACUGAGCUAGAGACGGUGGUGGAGCAGGUCUCCAGUGAGAACCGGGGAGACUCGGGCGUCGCGCUGAAGCGCUUCGAGGCGCUGGUCCUCGCCUUCCUUGAGCGAGGUCAGUGGAACUCGGCCGUAGAUGUCGGAACGAUUGUGGUCGAUGCCCGACGGGCGCAGCUAGGUCCCAACGAUCCCAUCACCAUGGCUGCGGUCCACAACUUGGUAUCGGGGUACUGUGGCCAGGGCCGUUGGACGGAAGCGAUUGAUCUGGGUCGCCAGGUCACAGAGGCCCGUCGCAAGGUCCUGGGAGAGGAUCACUCCCACACGAUGGCCUCCAUGUCCAACUUGGCUACCGCAUAUCGGAGGGAGGGGCAUUGGCGACAAUCCGAGGCGCUCGAACUUCGUCUGCUGCAGAUCAAGACGCGAAGAUUCGGCCAGGACAACCAAUCUACCCUCACGUCCAUGGGCAACCUGGCCAACACGUACACUCACAUGGGGCGAUAUGAUGAUGCAGAACGACUGGAGAAGAGGGUAGUGGAACAAUGUACACGUGCGAUGGGUGAGCACCAUGGGUCCACCUUGAUGUGGAAGUCGAACCUGGCAGCCACGUAUCGAGAGCAGGGUCGAUUGGAGGAAGCCUUGAAGUUGGAGUCGGAAGUGAUGGAGAUCCGGAUCGAGCGACUCGGAACCCACCACCCGUUGACGCUGACAUCCAUGGCGAACCUUGCAACGAUGUACCGGGACCAGGGGCGAUUGGAGGACGCAGAACAUCUGGAGACGCAGGUCGUAGAGAUAAGCAAGAUCGAGCUAGGGGAGCAGCAUCCGCAGACCCUGAUGUCGAUGAUCAACUUGGCGUCCACCUACCGGGGCCAGGAUCGCAUGGAAGAGGCCGCCAGUCUCGGGGCACGAGCGGUGGCUGUGAUGAAGUCACGCCUGGGUGAGCAGAACCCGUUAACCCUGACUGCCAUGGCGGAUCUCGCCUUGACCUACCAGGGUCAAGGCAAGACAGGGAGCGCCGAAGCAUUGACCGCACAGGUGCUGCGUCUGAUGCAGAAGAACCUCGGACCGCUCCAUCCCCACACACUGACGACCAUGGCCAACCUGGGGGCCAUCUACCAGUCACAGGGCCGCUGGGAUGAAGCCGAGGCGCUGGCGGAGCAAGCGGUGCGUGGCCGGGAGAAGGUCUUGGGGAAAACGCACCCGGACACGCAGGCGUCGAUGGAAGAUCUGCUGCGCGUGUAUCGAGUGUUGGCGGCGGAUCGCACGACGGGAAUACACAUGCGUCAUACCCAAUAG